AUGAAGCCGCCCGCCGCGCAGAGCAGCCCCGCGGCCGCCGCGGCGGCAGCCCCGGCCUUGGACUCGGCGGCCGCCGGGGACCUGACGGAUGCGCUGUGCGAGUUUGACGCGGUGCUGGCCGACUUCGCGUCGCCCUUCCACGAGCGCCACUUCCACUACGAGGAGCACCUGGAGCGCAUGAAGCGGCGGAGCAGCGCCAGCGUGAGCGACAGCAGCGGCUUCAGCGACUCCGAGAGUGCAGAUUCGCUCUACAGGAACAGCUUCAGCUUCAGUGAUGAAAAACUGAAUUCUCCAACAGACUCCGCUCCGGCUCUGCUCUCCCCGGCUGGCAGUCCUCGGAAAGCCAAACUAGGAGACACGAAAGAGCUAGAAGACUUUAUUGCUGAUCUGGACAGAACAUUAGCAAGCAUGUGAAACCGGGAGAAGGUCUGGGUCCUUCCAUCAUAAGGAGAAGCUUUGGAAAUCUCCAAGGACCUGGUAAAAUCAGCGACGGAAUUUGCCGCCAAAGCAGAGAUGAACACUCACCUACCCCCGGGCCAUGCUCCGGCUUGUCCUAACACCAGCCUUUAAGGUCAUCUCUGGGCAAUUUAGACAGUGACACUGACUUGGUUUACCAGCUUGCAGCAUAUUAGAACGGAUGAUCCACGCUAAUAUUCUGUUUUCUCUCGGAACCUAGCUUUCCCGUAAUUUAAAGUGCUUUUAUGAACAUAUUUGUAAUUAAUUAUAUAUAGUUGGAAACAGUAAUAUGCUUUUCCCAGUAUAAUAUAUUUUUGUAUGCAAAUAAAAUUUGAACUAGA